AUGCGGAGCAGGCGUGGCAGUAUGGCCAUAUCCUACACAGCAAAGUCCAGAGCACCAUUGAUAGCGGCGGUGAAGUCGCUCAAAACCUCAGAGGUAGAGAGGCUACUGGACUCAGGCGAGGACAUUAACCAAACCUUCAAAGAGCAUACAGGAGAAGUACGGACGCCUCUGCACUGGGCUGUUUGGCUUGAAAAAGAGAAAAUGGUGCGACUACUGUUGGAACGAGGGAGCGAUCCGAACGUACCGGAUCAGGAUCAAGCAUCUCCGCUUCACAUCGCAGCGGCGUUUGCACAGCCGGAGAUGAUGAAGCUUUUAUUAGACCACAAAGCAGAUGUCAACAUUCCUGGCCAGAGAAACUGGACGGCCCUUCACGACGCGGCCUUUGGGGGCGCUACCAACGUCAUCGAACUACUACUACAGGCAGGGGCAGACAUCAACUCAAGGAAUCUGGGCAAAGACACACCUCUACACAGUGCAGUGGCCCAGGAUAUGGUGGAGGCUGCUAACCUGCUGCUGACGUCUGGUGCCUGUCCACACCUGCGUAACUGGGACAAUAUGAGACCGAUUGAUAUCGUCAACACAAGAAUUGCGCACUCGCGAUCGGCCGCAGCGUAUCUGCAGAACGAAGCUAGUGCGAUUGAAAGGGAAAGGCAAAAACUCGCAGACCUCCAAGAGCAAGAUCCAGAAGCCGAUGUCCUCGACCUGCCCCAAUUGCCACAGAACAUUGACGAGCGAGUGGUAAAGCUUAACGCCACCAUAGAACGCCUGCAAGAGUUCGCUGGGGUGUUGCAGAAGGCCAUGGACACCGCACCCAUACCACUCGAUGAAGAGCUGGCUCUCUUGGACCUGAGACUCAGACAACUCAAGGGAUUGCAGUAUAGACUGAAUCUGCAAAUGAAGUACAACUCCAGUCUGGCAGAGAAGCUGCGGUCAGUCGUAGCCCAGAUGGGAUGA